AUGGACCUUGUCUCAGCGCCCUGUGGGGAAAGCCCGCCGUUGAAGACUCCGCUUGUGGAGGUCGAAGCCGCGGAGGUUGAAGGGACUCUCCCGGCCGAAAACGACGUUCCUGUGGAGGAAAAGGGCUCGGUUUCUCAAUCUGAAUAUGAGACUGACAGCGAUGGCUUGGAUAACGAGUGGGAAACUCAGUCUCUUUACGAGGACGCCAUUCAAAUGCUCCGUGAUGACCAGCUUCGCGACGGAACAAUCCCCGGUGCUUGUACCCUCGAGGAAGCUGUUGAGUUUCGGAAACGACUUCAUGAAAUUGGCAAGGCACAAUUUGUGGAGGAGACGAUUGCUCGCGACACAGUGACUGCGAAGAAGCUUUGUACCGCAUUUGGGAUUUUACCUCCUACUUUUCUUGACGGUGCACCAGACGAGGCAUUUCAUCCUCUGCUGGCAAUCGCGAUUUCUCGGGAGUUCACCAGGCGUCAGAAGCUACCCCAGUACAACUCGAUUGACGAUGCUGUGAAACUGCUUCAGGAAUCGAAAAGCAUAAUUGUCCUGACUGGGGCAGGUAUCUCUACCAGUCUGGGGAUUCCGGAUUUCAGAUCCAAGGACACUGGACUCUACUCACAGUUGGAACACCUGGGUCUCAGUGACCCGCAAGAAGUAUUUGAUAUUCACAUUUUCCGCGAGGACCCAACUAUAUUCUAUUCAAUUGCGAAGGAUAUACUCCCGACUGAAAAGAAGUACUCGCCGACUCACGGAUUCAUUCGGCUGCUUCAAGAUAAGGGGAAGUUGCUUACCAACUACACCCAGAAUAUUGACAACAUUGAGGCAAAUGCUGGUGUGCUUCCGGAAAACAUUGUGCAGUGCCACGGUUCUUUCGCGAAGGCUACGUGUGUCAAAUGUCAUCACAAGGUGUUAGGAGAUGAGAUCUAUGACGACAUCAAAAAAGGAGUUGUUCCUGAAUGCCCCCAGUGCCGCAAGCAGAUUGGGGAAGAUGCGCUGAAGCCUCAAGGGCAGAAGCGGAAGCGGAGCGGCAAUUGGGCCGACAAAGAUAGGAAGGCCAAUGCAGAGGACAGCUCCGACGAGGAAGACUACGAGAUACCAACUCCAGGGGUGAUGAAGCCGGAUAUCACAUUCUUUGGAGAAGAUCUCCCCGAUGAAUUUGGACAUCGUCUCCUUCAUCAUGAUAGGGACAAAGUGGACUUGGUCAUUGUCAUUGGAACGUCGCUGAAAGUUGCUCCUGUUGCGGAGGUUCCGGGCGUGCUACCACCUCACAUACCCCAAAUCUACAUUUCUCGCACCCCUGUAUCACACACGAAUUUUGAUAUCGAUUUACUUGGCGACUGUGAUGUGGUGGUGUCUGAGCUUUGCCGUCGAGCUGGGUGGGAUCUGAACCAUGAUAUGAUACCCGCUGAUGAGAAGGUCGACACCGCCCCGGUCUUCGGAUAUGGCUCACGACAUGUAUUCAAUGUUAGCGGUUAG